GCAGUUGAUCAGUAGUCUCGGUACACAACGGAACAGGUAUGGCAGAAGUGGAAGGCAAGUCGCGUAUUGCCGUCAUCGGGGGUGGUUUGGUUGGAACAUUAGCCGCAUGUUUUUUCGCUAAAAGAGGUCAUCAAGUAGUCAUUUAUGAAUAUCGAUCAGACAUACGAAUGGAAAAGUCACGUGGUCAAAGUAUCAAUCUGGCGUUAUCAUUCCGUGGCAGAGAUGCUUUAAAGGCAAUCGGUCUUGAAGAUAUUUUGGUGAAAUGCCAUGGUACUCGUAUGCGUGGCAGAAUGCUUCAUGACAAAAAUGGCAAUUUGAAAGAAGUUAUUUAUGACAGCGUCAAAGGAAACUGCAUUUACUCCAUCAACAGACGAUAUCUCAAUGUGGUUUUAUUAGACGCCGCGGAAAAAUAUCCGCAAGUGCAACUCAAUUUCAACAGAAAGCUUGUGGACGCCGAUUUGGAGAAAGGAAAGAUGAAAUUCUUGAAUAUAAAUACCAGGACGACGGAAGACGCGGAAGCUGAUUUAAUAAUUGGUGCCGAUGGCGCGCAUUCGAAAGUACGAAAAAUUAUGGUUGGAAGGCCGCUUUUUAAUUGCGCCCAAACGUACAUCGAGCACGGCUACGUGGAAAUCUCUGUGCCAUGUAGAGAAGAUAACGAAUUUGCGAUGAGUGGUAACAACCUUCAUAUUUGGCCGCGCGGUGAAUUUAUGAUGACUUGCCUGCCGAACGAAGAUCGCACGUUUACCGGCAAUCUGUUCGCACCAUUUCGCAUGUUCGAUAAGUUGAAGACACGCGAGGCAUUAUUGAGCUUUUACACCGAGCAUUUCCCGGAUCUUCUGCAAUUGAUUGGCGAAGAGAAAUUAGUGAAACAAUUUUUUGAAAAAGAACCGCAAACGUUAAUAUCAAUCAAGUGCAAACCUUAUCACGUUGGGAAAAGCGCUGUCAUAGUUGGAGACGCUGCCCACGCCAUGGUUCCUUUCUAUGCUCAAGGAAUGAAUACUGGUUUUGAAGACAUUCUGGUGCUCGAUGAAUUAAUGGAACGCUAUAAUUCGGAUUUCGCGAAGGUUCUGCCGAAAUUUUCGGAAUUAAGGUGCGACAAUGGGCAUGCAAUAUGCGAUCUCGCAAUGUAUAAUUAUCUUGAGAUGAGAGACUUAGUGACGAAAAAAUCCUUUCUUUUCCGAAAGUCCUUAGAUAAAGUUUUAUUUACCCUUAUGCCCAAUUCUUGGAUACCGCUUUAUUUCGCUGUGCAGUUUACUCGCAUGAGUUUUCGUGAAUGCAUAACGCAUAAAGAAUGGCAGGACAAGGUAUUAAGAAUAAGUCUUAUAUGUCUCGGCUUUCUGAUUUUCGCUGUCUUAAUUGUUCCUUUUCUGCGAAAUGCCAUGUGAAUUCGAUCGCUUGCCAAAUAUUAUUAAUAAAUUAAAAAUAUAAAAA